AUAAUAAUUAUAACUAAUGCUAUAUACAGAGUAAAGAGUAGGAAAGUUCGGCUUCACUGCAGAGAAGAGAAAGCAAGGCAGGAAAACCUUCCCUUCGUUAUUAAUCUCCUGACAGAUUCAAGGCUAUGUUAAUAACAACAGGAAGAAAUUUUAAAUGCAGUUGUUAUUAUUACAUCAUUUUAUGGAUUUCUUCUACAUUUCAUAUAGUUUAUAUGGAAGUUCCACCAAAAAUUGUUCCACAAGUUAGCGAGAAUAAUUUAAGAGAAGGUGAAAGAUAUAUGGCUUUGUGUAGCGUCAGCGUAGGUGAUCCCCCAUUAAAAUUUCAAUGGUCUAAGAAUGGAAAACCCUUAACGGAAUCUUCGCAUUUAGUUAUUCGUCAUCAAGAUGACUUUUCAACUUCUUUGAUUAUAGCAGCAGUAAAGGGCGAAGACAGUGGAAAUUAUACUUGUGUUGUAUCAAAUAGAUUCGGAUCUGAUAGCCAUACAACUAAACUUCUUGUUUUAGUUCCUCCUUCAUGGCUUCGACAACCUUACGAUAUAUCAAUAAUGGCAGAAAAGAGUGUUGUCCUUCACUGCGAAGCUAAUGGUUACCCCACUCCAACUAUAAAAUGGCGUAGAACGAAAGGCUUUAAUGUCGCUCAAUCUUCUCCAAUAACUGAAACUCAUUGGAAGAUAGUUGAUGGUGGGUCUUUAACCACUUCCAUUGCAAAGAAAGAUGACGAAGGAUUUUAUACUUGUGAAGUGGAAAAUGGGGUUGGAGAGAAAUUAUCGAAAACGAUCCGAGUGGAAGUGCAAGUGUCUCCUGUUGUAAAAUUAGAAUCUUCACAAAAAAUUGUUAGAAAUGGUGAUGAUUCAGUUCUCGUGUGUAAUGUUACUGGAGACAAACCAUUGACUAUUCAUUGGACUAAAGAUGGAAAUAAACCUGAAGGAAAUCAAAGAAUACAAAUAGUUCAGACAACAUUAGAAAGAAAUUUUAUAUCUACAUUGAAUAUUGAAUCUACAUCCAGAGAAGAUAGCGGGUUAUACGUAUGCAGUGCCAAUAAUACUUUCGGAUCUAGUCAAAUGGGAGUAAGACUUGGAAUUGUUGAACCUCCUAGCCAGCCACAAAAUGUAAAAGUUACAUUGAUUUGGAGUAGAAGUGUUCGUCUACAUUGGGAACAACCUUAUAAUGGAAACAGUGCCAUUCAGAGAUAUAUUAUUCUGUACAAAAUAGAAGUGAAAACUACUACUUCCGAAAUAAAAACUGAUGGUUCUCAAGCAUCUGUCGUUAUUCAUUAUCUGAAACCCUACACUAAAUAUCAGUUUCAAAUUGUUGCUGAGAAUAAAGUCGGUUCCAGUAAACCGUCAAAAAUAGUUGAAGCUAUUACUUCAGAAGAAGAGCCUGCUUCGCCUCCUUUUGAACUUCUGAUUACUGAAAAAUCAACUGUGUCAGCUCAUCUUAUUUGGAAGCCUCCGCCAAAAGAAGAUUGGAAUGGACCAUUGUUAGGAUUUUAUGUUGGAUAUAAGAGAACUAGUCAAGGAUCACAGAUAACUUACUCUUAUAAGCAUGCAAUAAUAGAUAAUAGUAGAGAAAUUCAACACUGCAUUUUGGACAAUCUUCAGAAGACUUCUACUUAUACUUUGAUCAUCAUUGCAUACAACAAAGCUGGGUUAAGUCCUCCUUCGCAACCAAUUCUUUUAACUACGUCUUAUAUUGAAUCGCCACCAACUCCAAGAAUAUCUGUUAUGGCUACCACUUCAUAUUCUGUACAGUUGCGAAUUUUAUGGUCUUCAAAGAGAAAUAUUCCACUUACUGGGUAUAUUGCUCAUAUAAAGCCAACAAACGGUCAGUGGCAAAUGGUUGGGCUUUUACCGUCCCCAAAUCAUAAUUAUACUAUUGGAGGAUUAUCUAGUGGUAUUCAGUAUCAGUUGUAUAUGACUGCAAAGAAUGAAUUUGGAGAAAGCGGACCAACUGAAGUGAUCAGCUUUCUCACAGCAAAUAGAAAACCCGAGGAAGAACCUCUCUAUCAGCAACUUUCUUUUACGCUUCCGGUUGUUGUCUCGUUAGUCAUUGUGAUAAUUCUUCCUUUAGUAUCUUGUUGCUGCAUGCACAAAAUGGAUAGACCAUUUCUAGAACCAGAAGGAGUCGAGGUUCGUGGGUUUACUUACACUGCUGCCACUCCAACACAGAGACCCGAUUUGGUAACAACGGGUAUGGUACGUUCAUUGCCACGGGCACCAGUUCCUGCUCCUAUUCCACCUCCUGUUCCAACACCUACUCCGACUCCUACACAGAACCAAUCUGCUUAUUCGGCUCUUCACACAUAUGGAAGUGAAGCAGAGUACGACGAUCCUAGAUACGAUAGUGUGGUAGAAGAGAUGAAGAAUUUCUUAGGUGCCAAUGCAAUAACACGUGAUUGCCAAGAUCGAGUUACUGUUUUUCUUAGAACUUCCGAAAAAAUAUUAAGAAAAAUGGACAAAUUAUGGAUCUUAUUAUCGAAAAUAUUAAUUAUUCUUAUUGUGUAUCUACGUCCUAUUUUAUCACAAGCCAUAUCAAAAGUAAAUUUAUUAAAAUUACCAGAAGAGUUUAUUGAAAGUGAAAAAGGACAGAUUUUGUGUCUAGUGUUGAGUGACUUUCAAAAAUUAGAUUUUCAUUGGCUUAAAGAUGGCAAACAAUAUCCUCCUCCCAAUUUGAAAAACAUCAAACAAGUGGAUGAACCCACUACAUCACGAUUGAUAAUUGAUGUGUUAGAUGCUAGUCAUAGUGGACAUUAUACUUGUGUUGUUAAAAAUGGUCAGCAAAGUGAAAGAGGUACAGCUGUUGUUAACGUUAAAGUGUCUCCAAGAUGGAAAAUAGAACCAAAAGAUACAUCAGUACAAGAAGAUGGAAAGGCAAUAUUAGAUUGUAGUGCUGAUGGUUAUCCAGAACCUAUAAUAAAAUGGAAGAAGAUGGGAGAUGGUCCAAAUGAUUACAUUCCUAUGCAAAAUGUUCCUUAUGUUCAAAUAGCAGCAAAUAAUAGUUUAAUUGUUAUGCCUGCUUUAAAAUCUCAUACUGGUUUUUAUCUAUGUUCUGCAUCAAGUGGAUUUGGAAGUGAUUUAAGUAAAUUAAUUAAAUUGACAGUAUAUGUUCCACCAAAAAUAGAUAGUCAUUACAAUAGUAAGAUAGUGGAAAGUGGCAGUAGUGUUUCUCUACCUUGUCAAUCAUUUGGAGAUCAACCACUACAGUUUGACUGGAGAAAAGGCAAUAAAUCCAUUAAAAAUGAUAAAUAUAACAGGUAUGAAAUCAAAAAAGAGAUUAAGCAAAUGUUUGUAACAUCUGUUUUAACAAUAAAUGACAUCCAGAAAAGCGAUGAAGGUGUAUUUACUUGUUUUGUAGAAAAUUUGUUUGGGCAAGAUCAACUACAUAUUAAAAUUACUGUUUUAGAACGUCCUCAACACCCAAUUGAAGUUAAACUAGAAAGAACUUGGAGUCGUAGUGCAAAAAUAACUUGGAGCAUUUUUUCAAAUAAUAAUAAUAAACCAUUGCAAUACAUUAUUGAAUAUUGGAGUAUUUCAGAUCCAGAAGGGAUGCAUAAAAAUAAUUCAAUUCCUGGUUCUGUAACAUGGUUUAUUAUAAAUGAUCUUCAACCUGCAUCUAAAUAUCGUGCUCAGGUUUAUGCGGAAAAUAAUAUUGGAAUAAGUCAGCCAUCUGAACAAAUUGUUUUUACUACUGGUAAUGAAGAACCUUCUGCAUCUCCUAAAGAUUGUCAUUUAGAAGAAGUUGGGGCCACUUAUGCUCGAAUUUCUUGGAGACCUCCAUCAAAUAGACAUUGGAAUGGAGAAUUAAUUGGCUUUUAUAUUGGUUAUAAAAUUACAUCUUCAAAUUCUGUUUAUAGUUAUCACACUGUACCUCUAACGGGUGAUAUACAUUCAUUCAUACUUCGAAAUUUAAGAAAAUAUACAAGAUAUACUGUUAUAAUUAAAGCAUAUAAUAGUGUUGGUACGGGUCCACCUUCAGAAGAACUUCAGUUCAGAACAAAAGAGGAAGAACGUCCUCAACACCCAAUUGAAGUUAAACUAGAAAGAACUUGGAGUCGUAGUGCAAAAAUAACUUGGAGCAUUUUUUCAAAUAAUAAUAAUAAACCAUUGCAAUACAUUAUUGAAUAUUGGAGUAUUUCAGAUCCAGAAGGGAUGCAUAAAAAUAAUUCAAUUCCUGGUUCUGUAACAUGGUUUAUUAUAAAUGAUCUUCAACCUGCAUCUAAAUAUCGUGCUCAGGUUUAUGCGGAAAAUAAUAUUGGAAUAAGUCAGCCAUCUGAACAAAUUGUUUUUACUACUGGUAAUGAAGAACCUUCUGCAUCUCCUAAAGAUUGUCAUUUAGAAGAAGUUGGGGCCACUUAUGCUCGAAUUUCUUGGAGAUUCAUAAUUCAAAAUAAUAUUUGUUUAGGAUUUACAAUUAGUUAUCGAAAAGAAGGUCAUCAAUGGAAAGAAAUAUCCAUCCCUAUAAGCAAUCAAAGGAAAUUCUCUCUGAUAGAUCUUGAGAGUGACCAACUUUAUCACUUAUUUAUUGUUGCUAACAGUGAUUUUGGAAACAGUGAACCUAGUGAGAUUGCAAGUGUUAGAACAACUGGAGUGGGAAUUCAAACAAUUCAUAAUAAAGAUACAGAUAACAAACAAGAUGAAGAAGUAACAAAACUUUUAUAUAUAAUUAUUCCUGUCUGUUCUGCUAUUGUCGUGAUAGUUAUAGUAAUUGCUGUUGCUUGUUUGUAUGUGUAUUCAAAAAGGACACCUGUUGCUGUUCCAGCUCCAUAUAUGCCUUGUUCAAAAGAUGUUUUUCACUAUACGCCUACAAUGCUUCCCAGAGCAGCACAUAUGUUGAGUUCUCAUCGUGAUCCACCAUAUAAACUGUCACCUUAUGCAACAAUGCCUCUAACACAUUUUGAUAAGGAAGAAGAACCAAUAUAUGAAUCUGUAGUUGAUGAAAUGAGAAACACAAUGAAAAAGAAAGAAAAAGAGCUACAAUUGAAAACCUUGAAAGUUUAAUUAACAAGAAAAUACUUUUAAUUGUCAUUUUGUUAUAAGUCAAUGUAAGUUGAGUCAAGAUUUAAUGACUAAUGUGCAAUCUCACCAUCGUUGUCAGUGUCAAUUUGUGGACUACACGUUGAACUAAACCACAGUGAUUGGGUGGGCAUUUAGUAAAAUGAAUUCAAAUGUUUCUGUACUAUAAUGUAGAUAUACGAACACAUUUAUAAUAUUUUUAUGAAACUUUUGUAUAUUUAUACCAUUUUAAUUAUCAUGUAGUUUUAAUGAAAUAAUGCAGCUUCAAAUUUAAUUAUUGAACAAAAUGGAAUUUAGCAUAGUAUAUACAUUUUAUGUACAUUGACAUUUUGAUUAUUUUAAUAAUCUAAUAUGCUGCUCAAGCUGUACUUAUAAUGCACUUUCUCCGAGUAAAGAUAAUCUAGUCUCAAUUUAUUCUAAACUUUAGAAUAAUUGAGUGAGUGUAAUUGUAUAAAGUUAUUUGUAAUAAAUUAAAGUUUUUUUUUAUUA